AUGGAUCGCAAACGGCACGAGCGUUAUCGUCUGACAGCAAAGGGGUUCGGGAGUCUGUUGAGGUUUAUUCCAAGCAUGGAAAUGAGUGAGCCUUUGGCGAGUACGGAUAGAAACUCACGACUGGACAAGCCCCGCAACCUAUCGGGCAUGCAUAACGGUAUAAUCCACAGGCUUAUAAUUAGCGCCAGAGUUGCAACGAGUGACGAUGGAGAGUUCCAUCUCCUACAGGGACUCGGGGCGAUUAGUGUUCGACUGGGCGUGAUGGUGCCGCAUUUGCUGCAGGAGAUGAGCGGGAUCGCGCCGUGGCUGGAACCUCGACUCAAGCGUCCCAGAACCGAAGCGAUGACCACCUUCUGGCAGCGCAUGAAUCACGACAAACCGAUGAAGCGACGAACCCGUGCUAAGCACGCCACUGCGGGUGAUAAUAACUCUACAAUCAGAGAGAGUCUCACUCAAUUGCAAGUACUGAGGUUCUUGGUUCCGGCUAGAGUUCUGGGGGUCUUGGGCUUUAAGUACUUAGCAGCGUGGCUAAGCCUUUGGCCAAUCCCGCCGUCAAUUGAGGUUGUCGGCAGCAAUUCCCACUUAACAAGGCUUCGUAGACUGCAGAUGAUAGACCACCGUUUGUCCAAUACCAACGGCACUGCCAGCAAUACCAUUUUUACCUAGAUACCAGUGACCUUUGAGCGCUGCCAAAAGCAUGCCCUGAUCGAUCCACCACAUUGUUAUCUGAAGAAGUUGAGUUCUAGGACUUGCGCUCAUCACCGACGGCACGGACGCCAGGAUGCUUUGAUGAAUAUCGCCUCGUCAUAGAUGGGGACAGUCUAGAAUCAUAAUGUUAAUUAAAUAUUUGCUCAUAUGUGUCGCGAUCGGACAGAUUUGGUAUCGUCAGCUAAGUAGUAGCUCACGAUCAGGCAGAUCAUUACAGACGCGCAUCCGAUAAUAAUAUUCUGCCCCGGCAAUCAUUACUUGUAGAUCGGGACUCUGGACCGAACCGCGAUGACUUCUUGUAGAGACGCUGUCAAGGCUCACUGUGUAUUCUCUCGUGA